AUGAAGUUUGUUCAACCUGUGGCCAAGGGAAAAGUUAUUGCAACUGAUCCUAGCUGCGUGCUAGCAGGACAGGCUCUUGGAAGAGAUACUGUGUUGUCUCGCCCUUAUGUUGGUGUUGAAAAUAUGGCCGAUGCAAAGGACCUAGGAAUUGCAUGGCCAUACAAUUGGCUGAAGCUUUGCAAGUCAUCAAAAUCAUCCCAGUCUGGUGAGGCUGCUGGGGUACUGCAGGGAGGACAAGGAGGUCCUGCUGGUGGAGUACAUGGCCAAGGGCAGCCUGGAGAACCAUCACUUCAGAAGUGA